GGUUAAUGACACCUGUGACUGACGGGGGUGGGGGAGUGCAAAGUGUUAAUGACCCCUGACCCCGCCCUUGUCAUGUAUGGGGCGUUAGUAUUGGGGGCGUUCAUUGUUCCAGGGGCCCCUGUGUCAGGGCAGUGAUGGGCCCCCCACUGCUCAUUAGUGCAGUUUGCCAGUGUGAUGGCGCCGCUGAUCUGUGGUUCCUCCAGCGUAGUGGUGAUGCUGCUCUGUGGUUAUCCUGGUUUGAUGGCGCCGCUGAUCUGUGGUUUCUCCAGUGUUAUUGCGCCGCUGCUCUGUGGUUCCUCCAGCGUAGUGGUGACACUGCUCUGUGGUUACCCUGGUUUGAUGGCGCCGCUGCGCUGUGGUUCCUCCAGCGUAGUGGUGACGCUGCUCUGUGGUUACCCUGGUUUGAUGGCGCCGCUGCUCUGUGGUUCCUCCAGCGUAGUGGUGACGCUGCUCUGUGGUUACCCUGGUUUGAUGGCGCCGCUGCGCUGUGGUUCCUCCAGCGUAGUGGUGACGCUGCUCUGUGGUUACCCUGGUUUGAUGGCGCCGCUGCUCUGUGGUUCCUCCAGCGUAGUGGUGACGCUGCUCUGUGGUUACCCUGGUUUGAUGGCGCCGCUGCUCUGUGGUUCCUCCAGCGUAGUGGUGACGCUGCUCUGUGGUUACCCUGGUUUGAUGGCGCCGCUGCUCUGUGGUUCCUCCAGCGUAGUGGUGACGCUGCUCUGUGGUUACCCUGGUUUGAUGGCGCCGCUGCUCUGUGGUUCCUCCAGCGUAGUGGUGACGCUGCUCUGUGGUUACCCUGGUUUGAUGGCGCCGCUGCUCUGUGGUUCCUCCAGCGUAGUGGUGACGCUGCUCUGUGGUUACCCUGGUUUGAUGGCGCCGCUGCUCUGUGGUUCCUCCAGCGUAGUGGUGACGCUGCUCUGUGGUUCCUCCAGCGUAGUGGUGACGCUGCUCUGUGGUUACCCUGGUUUGAUGGCGCCGCUGAUCUGUGGUUUCUCCAGUGUUAUUGUGCCGCUGAUCUGUGGUUUCUCCAGUGUUAUUGUGCCGCUGAUCUGUGGUUACCCUGGUUUGAUGGCGCCGCUGAUCUGUGGUUCCUCCAGUGUAGUGGUGACGCUGCUCUGUGGUUACCCUGGUUUGAUGGCGCCGCUGAUCUGUGGUUGCUCUCUUGUGAUGGCGCCGCUAGUCUAAGGUUAA